UAUGCUUUAAUGGGUUUCGGGGAACAUUUUCAAAACAUAAGCGAAUAAACAUAGUUGUGCGUUCGUACGAAACGAACGUAUGUUUCGUAGCGCUGCUUUAUUCGAUAAAAUUUUCGUACGUGAAUUCGUUGUUGCGUGGUGGUGGUUGUUUGUGGUGUAUUCCCGAUAGAAUCCAUGUACAAUAGUAGUUAAAAACAUUGAGUGUAUCUUUCGGUCCGAGUGUGUAUGUAACAUAGAACGUACUUUGUAAACAGUAGCAGAAACAACAACAAUUAAUAAAAUCUUAUAUAUUCUACGUGAAGUAGUCGUACCUACACGGUUUAUUCUAUUCGACUUCUUUUGUUGCUUUUGUUACAAAGAAUAUUAUUGCGCAGGUUGUUGUUUUGCCAUAGAGACGACACUAGGAGAACCCAUAACAACGUUCCUUUUCUUCUUGUGAGGAGGAAAAAACUAAACAAUACAUACCUACUACGUUUCCCAUGAAGGAGAAGAAAAGAAGAAGAAAAAGUAAUGAAAACUGUGAAAAAUUCUCAUAGAGUUCCAUAAAGUUUUGAUCUUAUUGACAACCAGACGGAAGAAGAUACAGUGAAAUAUAUGUUUUUUAAAAAAAUAUAUUUGGAAUUCAAAACAGAAAAUUGAAUAAAAUUUCAAUAAAACAACUCAGUUUUCCAAUUAACCUGCAUAACUAAAAAAAUCGAAAAAAGUGAUAACAAAAAUUGAAACGGGUUAGAUUACAUUAUCGAAAAAGUGAAGAAGAGAACCAAACAAAAUAUGGCCAGCUGGCUGGCUAGUAAGGAAAUAAAAUAGGAACAAGAAUUUGUAUCUUCGGGCGUUAAUUCUUUGUAAAUGCCUACCAAAAACCUGUAAGAGUUUUAAGAUCUAAUAAACCAGAAGAUAUUACCGACGACAGCAUCAACAAACCAACAACUCCAACCCAACCAACAUCUCAGCCCAGCAGGGUAAUAACCGAACCAAACAGCCCGACCAAAUCAUGGAUAUUAGAAAACCAAAAACAAAUCGUCUGUUUAAAGAUCCAAUCAAGCAGCUCAAAAACAUGCACACCUUGCGAGAUUUGGCCAAAAGUUUGGAGGCUAGUCAAGAUGUCGGCGAGAAGUCAAGUAUGUGCCUGAGAUGGAAUGAUUUGCCCAACGAAUUAUUGAUACACAUCUUCCAGUAUUUGCCACAUGGCGAUUUACAGCAGGUACGUCUGGUGUGCCGUCGCUGGCAUGACCUGGCCCAGCUGCCGGAAUUCAAGGAGAAAAACAAAAUUGUGGUGAAUAAUGAAAAUAAGUUUCUGCUGUUGGAAAGUUUAAAUGUCGACUCGGAUUUGGCCCAACGUUUAAGCUUUGAUACCUUGGAGCUGCAUGGUCUCGAGUUGGCUGAUGAUGUCCAAUUGCUGUUGAAGUAUUUGGGGAAAAAAGUUCGAAAACUACGUUUAUACAAAUCUCCGGUAUUUGCCUCGCUAAACGACAACCUACCCGCCUUGGAAGAGCUGAUUGUCACUCACAUACCCACGGUGCAGAGUGACAACACAUUUUCAUUAAAUCUCAGUAAUUUCCCCAAAUUUAAAGCCUUAGAUAUUGCCUGUAGCAAUGUUACGACCUAUGUCAAGACCCACAUGAUUUUAAAUUUAACUCGAGAAGUGUCGGUAAAAAUGGGAAAGCUCUGCAUCGAAGUCAAUCGAGAUCAUGAGGAUUUGCUGAUUUAUACUCUGCAAUGUCAUGCCCAGACUUUGAGGCACUUGGAAAUUAUUCUACGUUCCACACCCAUUAUGAUUGUGAAAUGGAAACAGGUCUUUGCAGCCUUGGAGAAUUUGGAGACUUUGAAAAUAACCGGGGUCUCCUGUUAUAUGUGGCUCAAACAUGUUUUCGAGUGUCUGCCCAAGGAGGCGCCAUUGAGGCAUUUGGAUUUAAGUGGUGGCCUCCAGGUGGAUGAUCCUUUGCUGAAAUUGAUUGUCAAUAAAUGGCCUCAAAGUUUGGAGACCAUGGAACUGAUGUUUUGUAGCUGUCUCACUGAUGAAGGUGUGAAAAGUUUGGGUAGCCUAAGAGGAAGCCUAAAAACUCUCAAUAUUUCCCAUUGUUCCAAGAUAUCUAGUCAGGGUCUAUUGCAGGGCUUGGUCCAAGAAACCAAUCCCAUAUUGACCACCUUGGUUCUCAAUGAUAUCACAGACACGGCAACGGAUAACAUGUGUCUGGUCAUGCAACGUUUGCCGAAUUUAUGCUACCUCAGUUUGGAGAGUUGUCGGGAUGCUGUCACCGAUGUCACACUUGAGAAUAUAUUCCGGCACCAAACAAAAUUACAACAUUUAUUUUUGGAUGAUUGCAUGCGGAUCAGUGAUGAAGGGUUAUUGGGCUUUGGCUCCCAUCCAGCACCAAUACAUCGGCUUAAAGGCCUACAAACGCUAUCGCUAAGAGGAUGUCGGAAUCUCUCCAAUCGUGCCUUGGCCAAGGGUUUGAAAUUUCCCGAACUACGAAAAUUGGUAUUGGGCUAUUGUCACAAAAUCUCUUCCAUGGGCAUUGAAGAGCUGGUGGAAAAUUGCCCUUCCCUAGAGGAUUUGACCAUAUCCAGUUGCCUGAUGAUAGACGAUGAUGCCAUGCUGCACAUAGCUCAAGGCCUACCACGAUUGCGGCGCUUGAAUGUUAGUAAUUGUAUAAAUUUGACCGGGAAGUCCAUCGAUUAUGUUGUGGAAUUGUGUCGGUCGUUGAAAGAACUUUCCAUGUGUGGCAUUGACUCUUUGGAAAUUCAAGAGGUCCAGGAUAAAUUUCUUCAAAUGAAACCACAAAUUUGUGAAGUUAAUUUAUAAUAUGGAGGGAAAAUGCGAUUGUAUCUGUAAGUUGUGUUGGGAAAUGGUGUAAGUUAUUUCGACACUUUAUGAGGCAGAUAAAAAAUAUAUUUUUUGAAAUAUACAGGGUGCGAUAAAAAAACUGCAAGUCAAACUCCAAUUUUUUUUUAAAUGUUAUUGAAUAGAUGCAAAACAUGUCGGAAAUAGCAUCAAAUUUUAGAAUAAGUUUAGAUUUGUUCGAAUUGGUCACCUUUGGCACGAAUUGUGGCCUUGAAACCGUCA